GGCGGCUUCCGCGGAGGAGGGAGCUGACCCCUGCGGGAGGGAAUUCCGCCAGCUCGGCCCGGCGGUAGCGGGGAUGGGGCUGGGGUCGUGCAGCGGAGGUCGACGAGAGAGGACGCUGUCGGCUGCUUUGCGCAUCGAGUUGAUGUAGUCCAGCCCCGUACAAGUUACCAGCUUCGAAAAACAACCAGAUUUUCAUUAGCGCUCCCGUGAUGAACGAAUUCCAUUUGCUCUUACAGUACCACUCCCCCCGGUCUCCCCAGUCCACCUAGCAUCCUACAAAGUUUCUCUAGAAGAAUGAGGUCAGGAGCUACUGAGAAGCGCCUUUGCGACCUGGUGGCGCUUCCUAUCCUGACAAGACUCUGGGCACGUCCCAGGCACUUCUGUCUCACAGUUGCACGCAGCAGACACCGCGUUAAAGCUGGUUUGCAUUAGAUGUAAGGACCCCACCGACUGCAGGCUCCUCUAGAAAGGAGUUCAUUAGCAACAACGGGAUCCACGUGUAUUUGGAGUUAGAAACUUCCCUGCCGAAGCGGGACCCUCUCACCUGGGGACUGUAAAGACUAACAAGGUCAGAAAUGGAGAUCCAAGAGCCAACAGAUUCUUCUCAGAAUACCAAACAGUCUAUUAUUUCAGAGGAGUUAAUUUCAGAAGGAAAAUGGGUCAAGCUUGAAAAAACAACUUACAUGGAUCCUACUGGUAAAACUAGAACUUGGGAAACCGUGAAGCGUACAACCAGGAGGGGGCAGUCUGCUGACGGCAUAGCGGUCAUCCCGGUGCUGCAGAGGACUCUGCACUACGAGUGCAUCGUGCUGGUGAAGCAGUUCCGGCCACCGGUGGGCGGCUACUGCCUGGAGUUCCCUGCAGGUCUCAUCGAUGACAAUGAGAGCCCAGAAGCAGCUGCGCUUCGGGAGCUGGAGGAAGAAACUGGCUAUAAAGGCGAUAUUGCUGAAUGUUCCCCAGUUGUUUGCAUGGACCCGGGUUUGUCAAACUGUACCACUCACAUCGUGACAGUUACAAUCAAUGGAGAUGAUGCAGAAAAUGUGAGACCUAAGCCAAAGCCAGGGGAUGGAGAAUUUGUGGAAGUAAUUUCUUUACCAAAGAAUGACCUGCUGAAUAGACUUGAUGCUCUGGUAGCGGAAGAACAUCUUACAGUGGAUGCCAGAGUCUACUCCUAUGCUCUGGCACUGAAACAUGCGACCACGAAGCCAUUUGAAGUGCCCUUCCUGAAAUUUUAAGGCCAGAGAGAACACUGGCCAUGUUUUUGUAAAUGAGACUACCAGGCCUUCUUCACAAAGACUGUAUUCAACUUAAUGUAGGCUUGAAAUUAGCUUUUUCAUAAAAUAAAAGCAGCUCAGAAUGCAUGUGGUGGUAUGGAGUUAUAAUUACAGGUAGGCUGUAACCUUCAUGAACUACACUUUAGGUAUUAGUGAUAAAACCAUAAAUACGGGUAUUUUU